AUGGACCUAGGUGGUGAAAAUUUGUCUCCUAUCUUGGAAGAAAUAGAGGAAGAAGAGUCACAUGAAGCCUAUUCACCUCCCACCAUCACUCCUCUUGCACAACAAGGAGACCUUAGUUUGAUUCAACUUGUACAAAAACUAGAAGAGAGUAGAAGGGAGACCAUUGCACAACUAAGGGAAGAUAAAAGGCAAAGUGAGAUGAUGCUUAAAGAACACAUCUAA